AUACACUUCCAUGGCGUACAGCGGCAUCAGAUCCAACUUGCCAGUGGAUCUCUCUUGUCUUUGAUGUGAUAGAGAGUAUUUAUGAGUGUGGUUUGCUUCGUACUUUCAAGUGUCAAGACUACCAAAGUGGUACUUGGCUCGUAUAGUAUCGUGUACGAGAAAAGAUAGGCUAUAAAUAUGGAUCCAACACAUUUAUUGUCAAAUGUGAAGGUGGAAUUGAAUACAGCAGACGAAGAGAUGGAGAUGGAGAUGAAUGAUGCACCAAUGCAAGUGCAAUCUUCUGAGUCCGAACAACGGGCUGAGAGGCCUUCAGAGCAACAAGCCGAGCAAAGCUCCGCCGACGCCCUCGAAAACUACGUCGGUGCCGAGUUCAAGAAUAUCAUGCGUACCUGUGGCCUUUGCUCGAAACAACUUACUCAAGAGGAUGCGACCAAGUUACUGGAAUGCCUACACUCUGUUUGCUUGACUUGUGUGCAGGCUGAGCUAAGGUCGCCUACUAUCCCCAAAACUGCAACUGAUAAUGACACAGGUGUCACAAUUAUGUGUAGUAUCUGUCAAUUGCAGAGCUCAUCGAAAAAUAUCAUUGAAAAUCUGAUGUUUUCAAAAGUUAUAAAAGAUGAUUCCAAUACAUCUAUAGCAGAUGAACUUGCAGAAAAGGAAGAGAAAAAAUGUGGCAAUCCUCACGAAGGUAACAUUGUUCCUGCCUCCAGCUGGUGUGUCGAAUGUGAAGAAUUCAUUUGCGAUAGUUGUGUUUUGACUCAUCAAAAACUCAAAGUUACGAAAGAUCAUACAAUAAAACCAAUAAAUGAAAUAACAUUGGAAUCGGAAAAAGAUAAAAAAGAAGAACCAAAUUUUAUAUUUUGCACUGUACAUCCACAUGAACAGAAAGAAAUUUUUUGCAUUGUAUGCGAUACAUUGACAUGUCGUAAUUGCCAACUGACAGAUCACAGAGGACACGACUACAAAUUUAUUCAUGAAAUUGCAAAUGAAACUCGUACAUCUGUCACCAAGUUAUUAGAAGACUUAAGUAAUAAACAAAAUCUCUUGAAAAGGGGUUUAUAUCUCAGUGCAGAGAGAAAGAAGAUGAUAAAUGAUAAAUAUAAAGAACUAAGUGAAGAAGUUGCAACAUUAUGUUUAAAGAUAACAGAAGCCAUAAAAGCCAGAGGAAAACAGUUACUAGAAAGAUUGAAAACAGUUUGCGAUAAUAAAAAAAAUACUGUUAAUGCGAAAGAACAAGAAUUGCAAAGGCUCACAACUAUGAAUGAUCAUUUACUUGUUUACAUUUCUUACACUUUAGAAAAAGGAACUGACGUAGACUUAUUGCAUAGUAAAAAAGUCAUAAAUAAUCUUAAAGAUCGACUAAACAGUACAACAUAUGUAGUUCCAAAUCCAGAUAUGCCUGUGAGAAUACACCUUAGUAUGGAAAGGAUGAAUGAUUUAAUAAGAGUAAUACAGACCAUUGGGAAUGUCAUCGUUGACGGCGUUGUUUUUCCACCACCAACUCAGGUAGCCACUCCUCCUUUAACAGCGCAGACACAAAAUGCCUCCAUGCAAGCAGCAACUGGUGCUUCAUUUUAUCCUGGUAAAUCUACGACACCAACAAAUGAAGUAUCAGGAGAUCCAAAUACAAUUUCUCAUAAUUUGAUAGUUGACGGUGUACAAGGCUCAAUAACUGCAAUACAUCCCGUAACAGCCAGUAACCAAGGAGCGUCAAGUAUAAGUUACAUAGCUCAGCCUUUACAAUGCGUACUUGGGCCACAGCUUCAUCUUCAACAGCAGCAGCAACAACAACAGCAGCAGCAGCAUCAACAACAACCACAACAACAACAACAACAACAACAACACCAACAACAACAACAGCAACAACAACAACAGCAACCACAACUACAACUACAACAACAAAUACUAUUACAACAACAACAACAACAGAGGUUGCAGCAGCAACAGCCUCAAAUAUCUAUGCAAAAUUCAAUGUUACUAAAUCAAGGAAAUUUGCAACACAAUUAUUUGUAUUCUAUGACACAACAACAACAACAACAACAACAACAACAACAACAACAGCAGCAACAACAACAACAACGAGCAUCAUCUCAAGCUCGAGCAUAUAAUAUAAAUAAUCGUCAAGUAAAUGCUCCACAUAUACCACAAAUGAUGAUGGCACCGCGACCAAAUCAACAACAGGUAACAUCCUCAACGCAUCCACAGCAACAAAUGCCGCAUUUGACACCGCAAGAGAGCCUUCUAAAUCCAAAUGCCAGUCUUCGAGGUUUACUGGCACACAACCCCCCAGCCUACAGGACGCCAGUAUCUAAUGCCGCAGGACAACAAUACAGAAUGCCUCACUAUAAUCGUUACCCUUCCCCAAAUCUGCAGCAGCAGCAGCAGCAGUCCCAGCAGCAUCAACGUUCUUCUCAGCCAAUGGUUUCAAUGCAUGAUUCUCAACCUCCAGCGUACAAUAUGAACUUACAAAACAGACAAAAUUAUAUGGCUGCAUACAAGCAAUCUCAGCAACAUCAGCAGCUACAGCCACCACAAAUGCCUCGAUGGCAUUCACCUCAAAAUACAACUUCGGCUGGAAAUGUCCAUCAACCCAUGGUCAGUCCCCAUACUGCAAAUAAAAAUAUGUCUCAACUUUUGCCCAGCGAGUAUAAAAUAACCAUACCAAAAUCGAAUGUUAACAAUAAUAAUACUUUAACAAGUAAAAAUAAUGCAUCGAGUCCGAAACCUGCCGAAUUAACUCCUGCCGUCACACCACCUGCUAAUUUAAACAGCAAUGUGAGUCAUACAGUUAGUUCUUCGAUGCCAAAAACUCCAAGCCCAGCGCUCAAUAAUGAAAAAGUUGCCAAUGACGAACCAGAAAAAAAUAUCGAUACCAUUUGUCGUAAAUCCUUAGAUGAUUUGAUGGUUGUCAUUAGAAAACUCGAUAGUAAUGGCAUAAGUGUUACAGCCGAAGCACAAGCUGGUCAAAGUGAUGCCCAGACUUCGCAAGUUGAUAGUUCCACUGAUGAAACUAAUAAUGCUUUAGAUAGUACCUCUCCUACCGAUCCUAUGGCUACGGAAAAAGAUGAUCCUAACGAAGAUUGGUGUGCUGUUUGCAUGGACGGUGGUGACAUGGUACUUUGUUGUGACAAGUGUCCAAAAGUUUUCCAUCUGUACUGCCACAUACCAAAAUUGAAAAACUUUCCAAAUGAAAGUGAGACUUGGCAAUGUAUGCUUUGUACAAAUGUACACGAUUGUUCAGAAGAUCCACCAGGAGAGGAAAAACCAAAUGAAUUGAGCCCUCGCGAUUUAAGAAUUGCUCAACGUUUAGUUUUGGAACUGUAUUGCCAAUACGAACAAAGCUUACCGUUCCGAGAAAUCGUUUCAUCUGAGAUAACUGAAUACCAUCGUAUUAUUAAAAAGCCUAUGGCUUUGGAAGUCAUUAAGGCCAAACUUGAUCGAGAACACGAAAAUCACUAUACCGAUCUGAAACAACUCAUAUCUGACGUUAGACUAAUGUUUAAAAAUGCUUAUAAAUUUAAUCUUUUUUAUUCUUCAAAGGUUGGAUCUCAAGUCUAUCAGGAAGCACGAAGUCUUGAAGAUUUUUUUGAGAAGCUAUUGAUAAUUUGGGUACCAUCAUAUACUGAAGAUAAUUCAUAUAACCAAACACAAGAAGAAGAUGAAGAAGUCUUCCCACCGAAUAGAAAAUACAGACGUAUCGUCACUGAUUAAUGAUCUGAUCGUUUGUGUUAUAAAAAUUUAUUGAAACUCGUCGGUUUCUUUUCUUUAUAUCUCAUACUGAGAAUCGUUUUAUAAAUGGGUAUAAAUGUAAAAUGAACUGCCUUAAGCAUAUUAACUGAUUACUUCAGUAAUCGAAUUUUUUUACGACGGUUAUAUAAAUAUUAUAUUUGGAUGAAUUUAAUUGUGAAUUGUGAUGUUAUUGGUUAAAUGAUAUGAACGUACCGCACGACAUGUUGUACGUUGAAAAAUUGUUAAUUUGGUUGAAUCAUGUUACGUUUACGUAAAGCUUAAGUAUUAGCAAAGUAGAAUCUAAAAUUGUAAACCCUUAUUUGAAAAAUAUUUCAUUUCAGUAUGAAAUAUUGCAAUCAAUUUUCUUUAUAGCUUUCCUAUAUGAAAAUAAGUACGAAAACUUUUUCGAAAAUUACUCUUUAUUUAGAGGUUUAUACAAGCUGGCCUUGAAUUUUUUUUAUAAAGCCUGAAAUAAUUUUAAGAAUUUACAAUGGUUUUUCGUAGAUAACUUUCAAAUUCAAUUUUGAUAUUAAUUUGUAUGUGUUGUUUUAAAUGUUUCAUACAGAUAGAACCAUUGUUAUUGAUUACAUAUAUUGAACAUUUUUUCGUAUAUUAUCACAGUUGUGUGGUGGGAAAAAAUUUUGAUAAAAAACAUUGAUUAUUUGACCAAGUGUGUAAAUAUUUUGAAAAAUGUAUUUUUCUUAAUUUGACUUUUAUGUAUUCUUUACGCUGCAGAUGAAUUUUACUAGUACUACACUGAUUUUGAUUUUGAAUGCUUUUUUAUCCAUAGAUUUUAAUAAAUAUUAUCAUUUUAUAUAUAAUCUUAUAUGAAUCAUUCAACUAUAAACAUAACAUCAUUUAUUUAGAUUUGUGCAUAAAUAUUUUUGAUGAACAAAUUAUAAAAGGUGUAUGUGGUAAAUAUUUCUGUAAUUUAUAGACUUGAAAUUAUUAAUAAAACUUUCGACUAAAUA